AUGAACAACAACAGCCAUGCCUCCUCCUCUUCUUGUCUUGAUCUCUCACUCGACGACGACGACGACGACGACAAUAACAACAAUAGCUGUAGUAAAUACGGUUCUGAAUCGGUUGACUCGGAUUCUCCGCCCGGUUUGAAGGAUUUAGCGAUGGAACCGUUGGAUAUAGUCGGUAAAUCGAAGGAGGAUGCUUCGCUUCCUAAAGCAACUAUGACCAAAAUUAUUAAAGAGAUGUUACCCCCUGAUGUUCGUGUUGCCAGAGAUGCUCAAGAUCUUUUAAUUGAGUGUUGUGUAGAAUUUAUAAACCUUGUAUCGUCAGAGUCCAAUGAAGUAUGUAGCAGAGAAGACAAGCGAACGAUUGCACCUGAGCAUGUACUCAAGGCUUUAGAGGUUCUUGGAUUUGGAGAGUACAUUGAGGAGGUUUAUACUGCAUAUGAGCAACACAAGCUGGAGACUAUGCAUGACUCUUUAAAAGGUGGUAAAUGGAGCAAUGGAGCAGCGAUGACCGAGGAAGAAGCAGCAGCUGCGCAGCAAAGGAUGUUUGAUGAGGCGCGUGCAAGAAUGAAUGGUGGGGUCAGUGCCCCAAAGCAGCCAGAGACUAACCAAAGUUUAGAGAGCUAA